CUUAGAUUAUGAAAAUUGGAUUACAUCAAAGAUUCACAAUAUGCAAUAUAAUUGCAUCGAUUUUAUUUUUAGUUUUAGGACUGACAAAACAGAUCGUUACAUUGGAUUCUGGACUAUUUAUGAUUGUGGAUCUGAUAUUUUCUAUAAUGUUUUUAUUGUUAGACUACAAAUAAAAGUUUAUUUGUUUAACAGGAGAUUAUUAUUUAGCUAUAACUUAAUUGAUUAUGUAGAUAGUGUAAGUUGAGAUGACUAUAAACACUGAACAGAAGGUAUAUAUAGUGUUAUAAAAUAAAGGGAAUUUUCAUAUUUAUCAUACUGAAACUUUUAGCCUUAACUCAAGUACUUAGAGUGCAAUUAUUCUAAAAAUUAAUAUAUUUCAUAGUGCUUAUAUAUUCGAUUAUAAGAUUGAAUGAAUAUCAGUACCCAAUAUCUUAUUUAGGAUUGAUCUUUUCUCCAAUUCUUCUAGUAAUAUAAUUAUAAUAAUUGUAGUCUUAUGAAUAAAGUGAUGAGAACGAUCUUUUAUUGUUAUUUAAGGAAAUCUUACCAUUACCUUUGUUAGUGAUAGAUAAAUCAUCAAGAAAACCAAUAUAUCAUACAAAGGCUUUGGAAAAUGAGUUUAAAUAUGAUGCAGCUCAUUCAGAAGAGUUUAUUGAAUGUUUGAAUCACUUUUUUUCAGAUAACCAAAUUAAACUUUAAACUUUAUUUGAUAAUUAAAAAGAAUUGAUUUACAAACCACAAAACAAUUUUAAGAGUAUAUUUACAGAAAUUAUGGAUAAUUGUUAAUAUUUAGCAUAAAGUCCAUUAUUAUAAAAGUUCAAUCAUUUACCUGAAAUUCCUAUUGAGAAUGAUUAAUUUGAAGAAUAAAAACAAUUAUAAUUUUAACCAGGUUCUGAAAUUAUAAUUGAUACUCCUAAAUAUUAAUAGUUUUGUAGAGCAUCAAUAUAAUUAAGUGAAGAGAGUCCAAAAAAUAAAAAAUCUAAAGUAAUGGAAGAAUGGUUAAUAUAGAGUUAAAGUUUAAGAAAUAUUUGUGUAAAUGAAUUGAAAAAGAAAAGAUUAAAAUUAUUUUUUAAUCAUUGUUAUUGGAAUAGAUGUUAAGCAUUUCUUUUAGUAUUUUAAAAUAAAGAAAUAGAGAAAUCUUUAACCUCAUUAUAAUAAUAAUUAUCAACAUCAAAAUAAAUCUGUGAAAAUAAAGAUAUGAUUCUAGCUACUGUUUUUCAUGAUUUUAAAACACCCAUUAAUGGAAUAGUAGCAAUUUUAGAAAGUUUAGAAGGUAAAUAGGAUGUAAAUCCGUAAGAGAAAUAUUUUCUUAACAUAAUAAGAAAAAAUGUUUAUCUUAUGCUAUAUAUGAUAUAUGAUAUAUAAGAUUAUGCUAGAAUAGAAAAGAAUCAAUUAAGAUUAUGUAUUAGUGACUUUUAUAUAAAUGAACUUAUAGAUGAAGUUAUUGAAACGAUAGCUAUUUCAGCAGAAUAAAAAGGAGUUGAAAUUAAGACUAUUUAUGAUAUUCCAUCUUUUCAAGUACAUUCUGAUCCUAAUAGAAUCAAAUAAAUUAUUAUGAAUAUUUUAUCUAAUUCUUUAAAAUUCACCGAAAAAGGAAGUAUAACAAUAACAAUAUAAUCGUUAAGUACAGAUAAAACAUAACAUAUAAAGAGAAGCAAUUCCUCUAAAAAUAUUAGCUAUAUGAAUUUCAAUUAAUCUGUUUCUUCCAUUAGAAAGUCUCUAUAAGGUAAACAUCCAUAAAUCUCUUCUAAUAAACUUGUAUAUACAAUCUCAAUUGAAGAUACAGGUUGUGGAAUUCCAGAUUCAAUCAAACCUCAAUUAUUCAAUUUAUUUGCUACUUUUUCAUCUUAAAAAAUAGAUAAUAAAAAUGGCACUGGUAUAGGUUUAAUGGUUUGUAAAAAAUUGGUAAGUUUAUUAGGACCAUCUGAUAUUAUUGAUUUAUAAAGUUAAUUAAAUGUAGGAACAAAAAUGACAUUUUAAAUUUAUGCUAAAUUAUAAGAUAAUGCUUAUAGAUUAUCAAAUUAUGUUAGUUGUUUUAAAUAAGAAAAUAGUUCUUAGCAUAUUAGCAAUUUUAAAAAUGAGGAAUCUCCAAAUACUAAGGAUAAACCUUAACAACAAUCUUUGUUUGUUAGAUCCUCUUAUCUUAGAUUGUAUACAAAACCUUUAGAAAAAGCAGAAACAGAAAUGAAUGAACCAUCCAUAGAAGAUGGGGAUCAAACUAAAUCAAAAAAUAUAUUGAGAUUCAAAUCUUUAAGUUAGAGAUCUUAAACAUAAAAAUGUCUAUAAUCUCGAGAUCACUUAGAAGUUUAAGAUCCUAAAUUGAUUAUUCAAUAAUUACAUCAAAGUAAAAAAUUCGGUAUUUUAAUUGUUGAUGAUUAAACAUUUAAUGUAUUAGCUUUUAAAAUGUUAUUAUAAAAUUUAAUACCUUAAGCAGAUAUUAUUGAAGCUUAUAAUGGAUAAUAAGCAAUAGCUAAAGUAAUUUAUAAUAAUAAAACUAGUUAUAAGAAUAUUAAAAGAGCUUUAAUAUAAAAUAUGUAUUUAUGGAUUUAUCAAUGCCAAUUUUAAAUGGAUGGCAAGCAGCAGAAAAAAUUCGAAAAAUGGUACUCAAUUUAUUGCUUUAUCUAGAUUGAUAAUUAAGAAAUUGAUAGUAUAAAAUUAAUUGCUUUAUCAGGAUUUGAUGAUGAAUCUUAAUAAGAAAAAUGUGAAAAGUUAGGUUUUGAUGCUUUCCUUUCAAAACCAAUCAGAAUUGAAAUGAUUUCAGAAGUUUUUUUUCAACUUGAAAAGAAUUUUGAUUGA